UUGUUUUUUUUCGGGGUCCCACGUAUCACACAUGCGCAGUAGAGCCUCGGCAAAGUGUCAACGUGGUCGGGGUCUCCGCGUACGUGCAUACGUAGCACCCCGCUGACGGGUUUACGGCGCUAUUAGCGCGACGUAACAACACUGCAAUUCUUGUUCAAGAUGAAAAGCACGCGUGAGAAAGCACAUUUGGUGGAACAUUUGUGAGGGCAACGAGCUGAGAGAAAUGCCUCGACGUGGCAGUGGGCGGGACCGACGUGAAGUCGCACCGGGUUCGAAUUAGGCAGCGACAGCCAACAUGGCCGCCUUUGCCCGAAACGAACUUUUCCCCCCAGAACAAACGCAACUCGACUAAUCGCCUUUAGCUGCGUCGGGCGUCAUAAUAUACGAGUGAAGCGUUGUGAUUUUCAACGUGUGGGAGGCCCCGCCUGCUCCGCCUCGGUCCCGCUACGUGUAACGAGCGGCAGCCUCCCCAGACGCAGAACAACAUGGCCGCCUCCGCGCUGCGGCUUCUGGUGGCCCUCCUGGGCCUGGCUCGGGUCCUGUGCCAGUACGAGAAGUACAGCUUUCGCAGCUUCCCCCGGCACGAACUCAUGCCGCUGGAGUCGGCCUACAAGUACGCGCUGGACCAGUACAGCGGCGAGAAAUGGGCGGACGCGGCGGACUACUUGGAGGUGUCCCUGCGCCUCUACCGGCUGCUGCGGGACAGCGAGGCCUUCUGCAACCUCAACUGCAGCUCGGUGCGCCGGCGAGACGAGAGCAAGUUCGCCGAGUUCCCCGAGCUGCGGGCCUUCGGCAACGUGCUCCAGAGGGCCCGCUGUCUGAAGCGCUGCAAGCAGGGGCUGCCCGCCUUCAGGCAGGCCGUGCCCAGCCGCCAGACCCUGGACGAGUUCGACAGGAGGGAGCCCUACCGCUACCUGCAGUACGCCUGCUUUAAGACCGACAGGUUGGCCAAGGCCGUGUCGGCCGCGCACACCUUCCUGCUCAAGCACCCCAACGACGAGAUGAUGCAGAAGAACAUGGCCUACUACAAGAGCCUGCCGGGGGCCGAGGAGCACCUCAAAGAUCUGGAAACCAAAUCCUAUGAGACUCUGUUUGUUCGCGCUGUGCGAGCGUACAACGGCGAGAACUUCCGCACGUCUGUGUCCGACAUGGAGCUGGCCCUGCGAGACUUCUUCAAGGUCUACGACGAGUGCCUGGCCGCCUCCGAGGGCCCCCGAGACGUCAAGGACUUCAAGGACUUCUACCCCAACAUAGCCGAUCACUACACGGAGGUGCUGGAGAGAAAAGUGCAGUGCGAGAGCGACCUGACCCCCGUGGUGGGGGGCUUCGUGGUGGACAAGUUUGUGGCCACCAUGUACCAUUACCUGCAGUUUGCCUACUACAAACUGAAGGACCUGAAGAACGCGGUGCCGUGCGCCACCAGCUACUUGCUCUUCGACCCCGUCGACGAGGUGAUGAACAACAAUGUGGUCUACUACAAGUUCCACAAGGACAAGUGGGAGCUCACCGACGAAGACUUCCUACCCCGGCCGGAGGCGGUGCGCUACUACAAUCAGACCAGCAUGCAGGUGGAGAUGUUGGACUUCUCCAGGAAGCAUCUGGCCAGUGACGAUGAGGGUGAGGUGGUGGAGUUCAUAGAUGAGUUUCUGGAUUAUCAACAUAAACCCUGAAACAAACACAAACCAGCAUAUAUUUAUUGAACUUUGUUGUUACAAAAGAACAUUUGCAUUCCUCAUUUGAUUUUACAGUCGGGGCAUUGGGGGGGGGGUGAAAUAUUUGUACUCGCUGUUUCAUAAAUUAAUGUGUCCGCUGUGAAUUGUUUUACAAUAAAAGACGUUUGCCAAAACAUCAGGGACGUCUUCGAUGACCCCAAAAGUGAUGGCUGCGCAUCAUGAAGGGGAAUUUAAAUGGUCAUAAUCCUAAAAAAAGGGAGGGAGGCUGAAGUCCAAGCAGACACACACUUGUUGAAUCGUGUUUGAACAUCGAGUCUCUGUGCAGUUUGUCGCACGCACGCGUUAAAAUGUCCGCAGCGGAAAAUUCCCUCGUGUGUGUGUGUGUGUGUGUGCGCGCGCGUUGUCUUUUCUCUUUUAUUUCAAAAAUGAUCUUUUUUUUUUGACGCCAUGAAAACCAGCAAAGGACGCAGAGUUUAAGCAGUUGACGUUCGAGGUGGCUUCUGAAUUUGAUUAAAGACAAACCAUAUUUUGACCUGCGGCAAGCAAAGAGGUUGUUGUCAAGUGUUGUUUGUUGGCGCGGAUGCAGGAUGACACAACAAAUUGGUCCGGAUAUUUGAAGCGGGCUGGGACACGCGAAAAGUCACAAUUCAGGAAAUUCCGGUGCCGAUCUGGCCAAGUUACUUUGAACCGCUUUUGGUCCCACUUGAAUUAAUUAGUUUUGUUAGGAGGAUUACCUCCACCAAGAAUAGUGUCACGUUUGUUAGUAAACAGCAUUACACAGCAAACUUCUUGACUAUUUGCCACCUUACUUUUUAAGAAGGCCGGGGCACGGACAAAGACUGAAUCAAUAAAAUUCAGGUGCCAAUCUGGCAAAAUAUUUCCAGGUGUAAAUGUUAAUGACCAAAUUUGGACUUGGGAUCUUGUUCAAUUGUGGCUGAUGGGAAAUUCUGCUCUUUUGGCUUCCACUGCAGUGUAUGGUGUAAUAACAAAGCAGAGUCACACGUUCAGGACUUU